AUGAUCACAGUACCCUAUAUGCUCCAAGAACCCACUUUGAAGUGUCUGAUCGUUGAGAAUGUGAUGCGCCACGUUGAGAACGCAUUGUCGAAAGAGAGGGAAAAGCAGACUACUUCAGAUUCUUCUCGACCACCCGAAUCACCAGAGAACGAUAAAGAACAUAAAGAAAAAGAACGUAAAGAUCGCUCACCAGUAGGUCACCAAGACGAUCACAUAGGAAACGCCGACGUACUCCACCAAAAAAGCGCGCAAGAAGUUCCAGCUCAUCUAGUCGUGGAACGUACGACGACUUUGAGUGGUUUUGUCCUACCCGAAGAUGAGUGCCCAUUCGCUUGCAAAAAGUGUCAUCGUGGGUUCUACACCAUAAAAGAACUAGCUGAACACGAAAUUCGUGCUCAUGAUAUGAAAAUUCCUUGUCCUCAUUGUGAUAAGAACGCUGUUUCUAUCACUAAACUGGCUGCUCAUAUGCUUUUUCGUCAUCCCGCUAUGGAAGUCCUUUGUCAUUAUUGCGAUCAGAAAUUUGGAGGAGCUGCUGAGAAGCUAGAUAAAGCGGCUUGGGAUGAUUUCCGAGGACAUGUCUACAAGGAAAUUCUCAAAAAGAAGAUGUAUGAACAUUCUUCGAAGGCGAGUGGUGCAUCAAAUGAUGCAGUAGCACUACGAGGAGUUGGCAGAUGUCCACAUGGGGCUGCUGUGAAAUGCAAGUAUGUACUGUUCGAGUAGCA